AUGGCGAGUAGAGGAAUCCUCAAAAACUCCUCGAAAAAGCCGGGCCGUAAAGGUCGCGCUUCUCCACCGACGCCGAAGUAUUACCAUAUGAUUGUGGUGGAGUCUGUGUCUUCAGACACGGACAGUAUUUUUCCCAAGAAAAAGGGAGAUGUGGAUGUAUGGCUUAGCAGGAGAAGCGUAAAGGCUCGUGUUAACGAAAAGAGCACUAAAACAGCUAAAACCACUAGAACCGCGAAAACGCCUGGAACCAGAGCCACUGGAACCAGAGUUGUCGAGAAAAGUAAUAAGUCUAGGGCUACUGGGAAAGCUGAAAAGACGGCGAGGACUCGCCACAUCAACGAUAAAACCGCUAAGAGCCUCAGGAGCAUCUUGAAGGAGCCGAAAUCGAAAUCUGUGAAGGAGCAUGUGGGCAUUAAUAAAAAGUUAUAG